AUGAUCCAUUACUCCCAUAUCAUCCACACACUCCUAUCAGUCUCUUCUCUUCUGCUAUGCUCAACAGCAAUAACAGACACGAUUACACAGAACCAGGUGAUCCAUGAUGGAGAAACUAUUGUUUCUGGGGGAAAAAAAUUCGAACUCGGCUUCUUCACACCCGAUGGUGUUUAUAAACAUGACAAACGAUAUGUUGGGAUAUGGUACUACGGCUUAUCUCAAAACUCAACAACGGUGGUGUGGGUUGCCAACAAAGGGAAGCCACUCCCUAAUUCAAAUGGAUCUAUAACCAUCAGGGAUGAUGGAAACCUGACAAUUUUGGAUGGAUUGGGAAAUAUAUUUUGGAACUCGGGAGAUUUUUAUUCGAGCCCACUAAUGACGACAACCACAUCAAGUGCACAGCUUUAUGAUUCCGGGAAUCUCAUCUUGAUGGGAGUAAACGAUGCUCAAGAACUGGCGAGGUCUUUAUGGGAGAGCUUCUUGGAGGAUUCCAACACACACCUGCCUGAUAUGGUGGAUAUGUCCUUUGGCAAGGUACUCCGAUCAUGGAACAAUGAGCAUGAUCCAUCACCUGGACCUUUUACUUUUCAUCUCGACAUCCAAUCAACAAGAUAUAUAAUCAAGAAUGGAUCAAACAUCUAUUGGAGAAGUCGAUCUAACACUGAUUUCGCCAAUUCUAGUGAGAUUCCACCUAACAGUGUGGAUACAAUAUUAUCAAAUUUGACAGAUUACUUAGCCUUUAACAACAUGAGAUUAGUGAUGAACCAAUCGGGUCAAAUCAGGUUUUAUGAUAACAGAUCUGAUCUAAUACUGUUUGCACCAACUGAUAAUUGUAGCAUCUACAAUGCUUGUGGACCAUAUGGUAUUUGCAACAGUAGUACCACCAACCUAUUAUGUAAAUGCUUGACGGGGUUCAAACCGGUGUCGCUGGCAAAUUGGGAUUCCGGUCAGUUUUCUGCAGGGUGCACCAGUAAAUUAUCAUCACCGGGAUGUAAAUAUGACAGCGGGUUCUUCCCCUUAAAUGUGAUUAAAGUGGAGAACACCAACACUACUUUUGAGACUAGUAAUUAUUUUAAGGAGGCCAAGGACAUGGAGCAAUUUUGUAGGUUAGAAUGCCUUAAACAAUGCAAAUGCAAUGCUUUCUCUGUGCAAAAAGGGAAUGGCACCUAUGGUGGUUGCAAGCUUUGGAUAAGUAAUGAUCUAAGGGAUCUCCAAGAGGCCGUCUCCAAGGAGGGUCAGGACAUUUAUUUCCGUGUUGCAAGCUCUAAUAUGGAGCCAACUUGUAAUUCUUCUACGGACUGUGAAGCAUGGCCAUACUCGGUUUGUGAAGAGAGAACAUCUUCAAAUACUACUGAAAUUGGAAAAAAAAGAUGCAUUUGCAGUGCAAAUCAUCAAUGGGAUCCUUCAAAAGGGAACUGCACAAUUACUAGUACUCAAGGUGGUUCUGGGCUAAGCUCUAAUAAGAUAUCAACAGCUUUGAUCGUGGUGAUAACCAUUGCAGCAAUUGUGAUUUUUUUUUUUGGUAUCUUUUGUUGGAGAAUAAUAAUGAGGAGGAGAAUGGUGUCCAAAAGAAAAGCUUACAGGAAAAGUAAUCAAGAAAUAUCAGCUUUUCCUUUUGACGAGGAUUCUGAACAUGCCAGAGAUCCAAACAAAUUUGGAAAAGAUGAAAAGGGAAUAGAUGUACCAUUUUUCGAUUUUGAAAUUAUAGUGGCUGCUACUAACGACUUCUCUAACCUAAAUAAGCUUGGAAGAGGAGGAUUUGGACCUGUCUACAAGGGAAAGUUAAUGGGAGGACAAGAAAUAGCUGUGAAGAGGCUUUCAAGAAGUUCUGGACAAGGUCUAGCUGAAUUCAAAAAUGAGGUCUUAUUGAUUGCAAAACUUCAGCACAGAAAUCUUGUUAGACUUGUUGGUUAUUCUGUCCAAGGAGAUGAAAAAAUUCUGCUUUAUGAAUACAUGCCCAACAAAAGCUUGGACUCCUUUAUCUUUGAUCAAUCACGAUGCUCAUUGUUGAACUGGGAAAAGCGCUUCAAUAUCAUACUGGGAAUUGCUCGAGGGCUUCUUUACCUUCAUCAAGACUCUAGGUUGAGGAUUAUUCACAGAGACCUGAAAACUAGUAAUAUCCUCCUAGACGAGGAGAUGAACCCUAAAAUUUCAGACUUUGGCUUAGCGAGGAUUUUUGGAGGAAACCAAAGUGCAGAAAAUACUAAUAGAGUGGUUGGGACAUAUGGAUAUAUGUCUCCUGAGUAUGCAUUAGAUGGGAUUUUCUCAGCUAAAUCUGAUGUCUUCAGUUUUGGGAUUGUGCUACUUGAAAUUAUCAGUGGGAAGAAGACUGCAGGCUUUCAGUCUGAACACUCUUUGAGUCUUCUAGGAUAUGCAUGGGAAUUGUGGAAAAAGGACAAGGUGUUGGAUUUCAUGGACAAAUCACUAUUAUGUGAAUCCUAUAAUGAAUUUGAAGUUUCAAAGUGCUUUCACAUUGGGCUCCUUUGUGUACAAGAAGAUGCAGAUGAUAGACCAACCAUGUCGAAUGUAGUUUCCAUGCUAGGCAGUGAAACAGCAACUCUUCCAACUCCUAAAGAACCAGCUUUUAUUGCAAAGAAGUAUUGUCCAUCUAGUAGACCAGAAAUAUAUUCUAUUAAUGAACUGACAAUUACUGAGGAACAAGGUCGGUAGUAUAGGAUUUGGUUGAUGGUGCUAAGGGAAGCUGGUACACCUGAUGGUCU